AUGUCGAAACCUCAGUCACAUUAUAUCGGAGAUGUUUUAAGCCUUGAGCCUGGGCCGUCAACUCGUAAGUUCUAAGAGUUUACUGUUUUGUUAACAAGUUCGAUAUAGAUGAAGUAAAUUUACAGGCCAAACUAUAGUAAUAUAUAAAGAUAACGGGUUUUAGACCGUGCGUCUUUUUGUGUAUAACAGCCUAUAUACAGGGCGAGUUCGUGAGUCAUACGUUUAUACUAAACAAAGUCGAAAUAAGCCUUUUUUAAAUCAACUAAUACCUUAUAGCUUAAACUAUGCACAAGGGGUUAGAAGUGACGGUUUCAACUGCACAUCUUUUUAUGAAAGUUUGUAACUGCCCACAAAACACUGGAGAAGUAUAUUGAAUUACAACCGUUUUGUUAACAUGCUUGAGUCAAAAUAAACUUCUAUUAUUUUGAAAGAGUAAAUUAAAGCAUAUAAAACUAUAUAUGCAAGGCCGCUAUAUGCAAUAUUUCGCUCAACUGAAGCCCAGUGUCAUCAGUGGGAGUAUUCUGCAAUGUUAGUGGUUUGUGUGUGUAUAUACCAGAGCUUUGAGCGAAGAUUGGUUUAAAUCAUUUUCAGAUAGUUCAGACAUAAACCACGGCAAAAAUGUACAAAGAUUAAAGCCAAAUUGUGUACUUACAAAGUACGUUGACUGCAAGGAGGCGAUUCCAAAAUGUGAGUCCAUGAAGAUUCAACAAACCCAUUAUAGCUUGGAAUCUUAUAGAAUCGUCUAGACUGAAGAGAAAAUGUAGAUUGUAUAAGCUACUGAAUACGGAAAACGAAAUAAACUGUCGUUGGUUUCGUUGUAACCAACUGAGGGAGAUAAGGAAAACUUUGAUGUUUGGAGCAAGAGCUUUUGAAUGGAAAUUAGUUUGUCAACUAAGCUGCAGACAAAGCGGAGCCCGCGCUCGAAAUGUGUGGACGUUUUCUCUACAUUUCUUUCGCAUAGUUACUAUACCAAAAGCCAUGACAACACUCAGACUAUACAUGAAAAGCCAAAAUGCAUCGUCACGGAUAGAUCCAAAAUUUUGGUUUUAGAUCUUCAUAGUUAAGAAAAAAUAACAUCCGGUCGGUUCUGCACGAUAAUGUCUCCAAACGUUAGUGAAGAUACGAAGAUUAAUAGGAAAGAGCAUCAUCUCUCAACUUUAUUUAAUCUGGAUAAGUUAGACUAUAUUAAUUCUUCCUAGAGAUCCAGUAAAGAGGAAAUCUAACCUCUACUCCUCUAGCUCUUUUAGAACUAAUUCAGCAUAGCUUUAUCAGUUCUAUAAACUGUUCUUCCUAAAAAUCCAGUAAAUGACAUCUCUUUGAUCCAGUGUUACUACAGGAGGAAACCUAAACUAAACUAACUUUAUUUACACUGCAUAGCUCUAUCAGUUCUAAACUGUUCUUUCUGGAGGUACAGUAAGGGAUGUCAUCUCUUAUUGAUCCAGUGUUACUUCAGGAGGAAACCUAAACUAAACUAACUUUAUUUAUAUUGCAUGAUAGUUCUAACAGUUCUAAACUGUUCUUACUAGAGGUACAGUAAAGGAUCAUCUCUUAUUGAUCCAGUGUUACUACAGGAGGAAACCCAAACUAAACUAACUUUAUUUAUACUGGAUAGCUCUAUCAGUUCUAAACUGUUCUUCCUAGAGGUCCAGUAAGGACCAUCUCUAUUGAUCCAGUGUUACUACAGGAGGAAACCUAAACUAAACUAACUUUUUUAUCUGAAUUACUUUAUCAGUUCUAAACUGUUCUUCCUAGAGGUCCAGUGAGGAUCAUCUCCUAUUGAUCCAGUGUUACUACAGGAGGAAAUCUAAACUAAACUAACUUUAUUUAUACUGGAUAGCUCUAUCAGUUCUAAACUGUUCUGCCUAGAGGUCCAGUAAGAGUCAUCUCUUAUUGAUCCAGUGUUAUACUACAGGAGGAAACCUAAACUAAAUUAACUUUAUUUAUACUGGAUAGCUCUAUCAGUUCUAAACUGUUCUCCCUAGAGGUCCAGUAAGGAUCAUCUCUUAUUGAUCCAGUGUUACUGCAGGAGGAAACCUAAACUAAACUAACUUUAUUUAUACUGGAUAGCUCUACCAGUUCUAAACUGUUCUUCCUAGAGGUCCAGUAAGGAUCAUCUCUUAUUGAUCCAGUGUUACUACAGCUAGGGGGAAAUCUCAGUAUCUAUAGAGAACAACCUGCAGUGUUCGGUCGAUUACUGUACACACUCUCUUACCGGAUCUCUUUACAGAAAGGAUAGCUUGUAGAAUUGAUAGAACUAUGCAGUAAAAACAGAGUUAGACUAUUUCAUUUCUUUAACAAGACUUAUUCUUAUAUUCUAGAGCACCUAACACGCGUUCUCUACCGCCCCUACCAGACCUCGCCAUGUUUGUCCGACGACAAUCCUGCCAUUCGUAGAAAACAAAGAAGAAACAGAACAACCUUUACUAAGAGCCAACUGGAAGAACUUGAGAAGGUGUUUGAAAAGAAACAUUAUCCUGACAUCGCACUGCGGGAAGAAUUGGCAGCGAAAAUCAAUAUCAGUGAAGCAAGGAUCCAGGUGAGCUAUACAUGGAAAAAAGUUAAUUAAGAAAAACGCCAGUGAAAUAAUUCACCCAUAUGUAGAAUUACUCAGAUUUCAUAUGAGCGGAUUUACUCAUUUUUUUAGUAAAGCGAGUAAAUUUAAAACAAAAUUUUGUGCAAUUUUACUGAAAUGAAAUUUUGUGAAUUUGUACUGAAAUGAAAUUUUUUACUCAAAUUUUGACUCGCCGUGCAUUGCUUCACUCACAUUUUCGAGUCAAAAUACUCCGGGAUUUUUUGUGUUUGUUUAUGUUCUUCUUGUAAAAGAUGUGUAUACGCUAUAUAUGUAUCGUCAUCCUGACUACACUCCCUGCAUUAGAAGGAAACCGGAGGAGUUCCCGGAGAAAGUUCAGGACUUUCGGGAGAGCGUUCGUUCAUUCUUCUUUCAGGAAUUUACGUCCGGGACGAGAAUCUCAGGGUGAAAGGUUCUGACGGCCGUCGAAGCUUGGCCUGGUGUUAGGGUCUGACCUUGGCCUGGUGUUAGGUGUCCAAGGAUCUUGCUCAUGAAAGUUCAAAUUUCUAUUAUUUUGUUUAGUGCGACAAUAGUCUUCUAAAACGACCUGCUAUUUUUGAAUCCAAUUUGGAAUGUCAAAACCAAGCACUCUAUUCUGGAACGAAAUAGUUUUUAAGAUCCACACUAUCUUAUAUAUAAGAAAUGAUUUAAUAGAGAGCAACCUUGUUCUAUGUUUUGAAGUAUAUACGUUUUCUCUUUAUACAAACGCAAAUGUCUGCAAAUCUGAAAGCACUCUCCCACUGAAGAUAAAGGUCGAAAAAUGAAAUAAUCAUUUUAAAACGUUUUCAUAAUCAUGUUGAAUAGUAUUUAUUGUUUAUCUUAAGCAAAGACCAUGACAAUUUAAAAAUUAAAAUAUAUUUAUUAAAACAAAGCAAAAAUAACAUGAAAGUGCACUUAAGAUUUAAUAUAUUAUCGAUUUUUGGUUACAAUAACAAUUUGGUAAAAAUUUUCAUAUCAAACAAGGAAACAGAACUACACAAAUCUAGUAUAAUUAUACCUCAAAUAUGGAAUAUAAUAAAAAUAUUUAUCUAUACUGCGAGCUGAAAUUAAUAUAUUUAGCAUAGUAAUUUUUAUUUUGGAUAUCAAAUGAAAGAACAAUUUAAUGUAGCGUUGUUUUUCGCAGUUGGUGGGCGUGCAUUGCAAUCCUCGAUCGAAAAUUCGAUUUAAGAUCCUCAUCAAAAUAUUCCCCCCAUCAAUUAAUUCUUUAUCCCAUUUUAGAGCUAGAGUUCAGAACAACGAACACGCUAAUUAUAUUUUAACAUUAUUUUGUUUGAGGAAGCGAUUAUUGCUCGGCGUAUUAUAAAUGAAAAAUCAAAAACAACUUUAAAAUUGAUUUUAAUAGAAAGAUUAAAAAGUAAGAUGCUUCUCGCUGGGUUUGGACAAUGAGGCUUUGAAUGGCAGCUGGUAAAAUUGUUAUCUCUGCGAUGAGUUCCAUAAUUAUCAACUCGUAACAAACCUACGUGUUUAUGUUCUUUGAUUGCUUGGAUGCAGUUUGUGUUUGUAAUGUCUAUAUUUACUCCCUUCUCUCUGAUAUCUCAAACGUCUCAGUGUAGGUAGUAUAUUUGCCAAGGAAGGUAGCUAGCUACUAUAACAGCGCUAUUAAUAUCCAGAUACUAAGCCAUUUACGUCAAACGUUGAAUUUUAAUGCGCUGAAAUUUCUGGCUGUGGUUUCUUGUGGUUUCACACACUGAUACACAGGAAACAAGAAGGCCAUGUUAGAUUGAAAAUCCGGAUACUGAACAAACAAAGCAAAAUAUUCGAACCCAGUCGUGGGCACUGAUCUAGGUCGUGACUCUCACGAAUCAAAAAUUGCUUUAUGCCAUUUCUCAAUUAAACAUUUAAACUAAAAGAUUUAAAGAAAUAAGGCUUCCUUAUACGAUUCAAGGCCACGCUUUUUUAUUGGAUUACGGAGUUUCCGACCUUGUAUUUUUAAAAACCAGAAAAAUACAGUUUCAUGUGUUUUUCCGACCAUAUUUUAGAAAGUAUUAGUGUUUAUUUUCCGUGACCCAAAAAUAGAAAAUGUGGGAGAUGAUAAAGUCACGCCACGUGUUACUGUGCUUGUGAUAUUACAUAUUUUGACAUUUUUUAAAAAUUUUUGCCCUGGUGAACAAAAUCCAUAUUCCAACAAAAACUGAUAAGCGCGUGGUCUAAACGCGACAUUAGUCAUUUGACGUGAAAAUUAAGUUUGUGUUUUCAAGUCUGUCGUCCGCUAUCUUGAAGUAAUUUGCAAUCUGAAUUUUAUGCAGUGAUUCUUACGUGACGCAAAGUCAAACCUAUCUUGUUCAAAAUAAAACAUUUUACAAUUGUGAAUUUUUUUCUGUGUUGCUGUAAUGUACUCAGGUGAAUAUGAUGCUUGUGAUGUUACUCUGAGUGUAUAUCCACACCGGGCAAGCUUGAAAAUUAUGCCUGACCACGGUGGGAAUCGAACCUACGAUCUUUGGAAUACUAGCCUCAAUGCUCUGCCAAUAUACACUCAGAGUAACAUCACAAGCAUCAUUUUACAAUGGAUUUUUCGCCCGAUACAGAAACAAUUUCACCCAUUCUUGCGCAGAGACGCCUGAUCAACGCCAGAGACUCAGAAGGAAGGUACUCCUUUGCCCUUCUUCUUUCAACUCAUUUAUACAACACUGAAAUUAUGAAGCAUCGCCUUUGACGCACUCAUCAUUUCGCCAAACGACAUUAUACAAAGUAAUCAAUGGUAACCUAAUAUCACACCAGCAGAACCAAACAGACAACUUCAUCCUCUUUAAAAAAAACAUUCUCUUUAAAACUAUAGGUCUGGUUUCAGAACCGCAGAGCGAAGUGGCGCAAAAUUCAGAACCCAGCACGACUACAUACGAAGAAGAUCCGACUGGAUUCCGACAAGACUCUGCAACUUCCGAUCGCACCGCGACCCAGUCUCUCGUACCCAAACCCCGGGUAUUUCCUCAGCGUCCCGGGCAGUGGACCCCCGGCAAUACUAACCCCCACAGCGUAUAUGACACCCACAGUACAUGGCGCUUCACUCUGGCCCUACCAGGGACAUUGUUCAACAAUGGAGAAUGAACCCCGGGGAAUGGACACUCUCUACCUACGAGGAAAUACACGAUCGCCUCCUACAAUGACGUCAUUUGAACUAUAUUCGUCAUAUCGGUAAAAAUAGACACAUCUCUGGAAACAAGGGGAUAUAUUUUAAGCACAGAUUAAAUAUAAAUCUGGGAUUUUAAGCAUAGCUUGACUCCUUUUUGUAUUGGGGUAUUUCAGUGAACUUGACGUUCAUAUUAUUUCCUCACGCUGAUAACUACCAAAUCUGCGUGUGUCACAGACCUUAAUAAAUAAGUAAAGUCUGUCACACAGGCUGCUACAUGAUCAAGGAAAAUGUAUUGUUAUCUCAUUUCAAAUGUAAAUAUAAUGAAAUUAUUGCAUAUUGUAAGCUCAGCAUUAUUAACUCAAAGAUAAGGGUUCAAUGUAGGCAGUAUUCCACAAUAUAAAGUUGGCGGGACUAGGGGCCAUUCCAUUUAAUGUCCAUCCCCCCCCCCUCCCCCCCUAUGGACGAAUAUUUCUGAAUUGAAAGGGAGAUUUUAAGCCUGUCGGCAUCCUUUGAUCUCUGCGAUUUUUCUGAGGGGUAAGGGGAAAAUUUACAAAUUUCUGAGGGGGUUUUUGUGUCGGCACUUUGAUAUUUUUUCCUCAGGGGUUAAAAUUUACUGACCUCACCCAUAGGGGUGUGUGGAUAUUAAAUGGAAUGACCCUAGUGUCCGAACUCUUUGAAAAAGAUUAAUAACAAUUUAACCUUUUCAAGUCGAACCAUCGUCUGCAGGUGUAGUUCAGAUACA